CGUAUUGCUCUAUGUACUUGUCUGACGCCUCGUAUUCUGUCGGGCUGGGCUCGGAGCGAAAAGAAGGAUAAAGUCUGGGGUUACCGGGAAGAUGAAAUCAUACUUGUUAUUAAGUCUGUAAGUUCUGAAAGGAAGAACUUUAUUGCCAACGUCACUUCUUCGGCAGUCAACAUUGCAGACAAUAGAGAAAUUGGCGUAACCGUGCGGCGAAGAGAGUACGAUGGUACGUCUAGUUCGAGCAUCUUGAGAAAGAGGAACCAGAGAUCCAGCCGACGCUCCCAUGGUAAAGCACUGAGCAAACGGAAAGUAAUACCGGAAUCGCAAAACUUUACAUUAGGCAUGCCUGAGAAAGAAAUUCUUGAUAAAAACAGUACCUUUGGGUGGUUUGUUGGUCCAUUUGGAUCGAUGGAGGACAAAAUACUCUCUAUGGAUCCCAAGAGAAGAUUGGGAACCUGUGACAGGGAUGGGGAUUUCGCCCGACUCAUUCGGUCGAGGAGAUUCCUGUUAAUUCUCCAUGAGCUCUCAAUGACCGGGGCUCCACUGUCGAUGAUGGAGUUGGCGACUGAACUUUUGAACUGCGGGGCAGAUGUUUCAGCUGUUGUUUUGAACAAGAAGGGUGGGCUGAUGGCCGAGCUGGCUCGGAGAGGGAUCAAGGUGCUCAAUGAUAGGUCCAAGUUCAGCUUUAUCUAUGCAAUGGACUGUGAUCUUGUCAUUGCAGGAUCAGCAGCCUGUGCCAAGUGGAUCGAACAGUACACCAACUAUUUUCCUGCAGGUACAAAUCGAAUUGCUUGGUGGAUAAUGGAAAAUCGACGGAUAUACUUCGAGCGGUCAAAAACGGCUCUUGACAGAGUGAAAAUGUUGAUAUUUAUCUCCGAGCUGCAGGCUGAGCAAUGGCUGGCCUGGUGCGAAGAAGAGAACAUCGAACUGACGUCUCCACCUAUGGUUGUACCACUCUCUGUUAAUGAAGAGUUGGCUUUAGCAGCGGGCAUUCCUUCUUCUCUUAACACUCCGUCUAUCACCGUCAAGAAGAUGAAGAAGAAGAGGCAGCAGCUGCGGGAUUCAGUUAGGAAAGAGAUGGGACUGACUGAUAACGACAUGCUUGUGAUUUCGUUGAGCAGUAUAAAUUCUGGAAAAGGCCAGCUCCUGCUUCUUGAAUCAGCACUCCUGGUGAUUGAGAAUAACACUUCACAACUACGCACUCUCGAACUUGGACAGGAAGAUGAUAGAUUGUCAAUUAGAAGGUUCCACUCGAGAGCGUCAUUCCCAGACUUGAUUAGCUCCCAAUCAGACAAUAUACCCAACUACGUCGAGUCUUCUCUUGAGAACAGAAGAGCCUUACUCUAUAGGGGCGCUAGCGCUUUACUAAAUGGAAGAAGGAAAGCACUAUCUGAUGAUACUGCAAGACAUGAGCCAAAUCUAAAAAUUCUGAUUGGUUCAGUUGCAUCGAAAAGUAACAAGGCUACUUAUAUCGAGGGAAUCCUGAGCUUCUUAUCCAAGCAUCCGGACUUUUCGAGGUCGGUGUUGUGGACUCUGGCAACAACACGUGUCGCUUCGCUUUACUCUGCUGCAGAUGUUUAUGUCAUGAAUUCUCAGGGAGUCGGAGAAACAUUUGGGAGAGUCACAAUCGAAGCGAUGGCUUACGGCCUUCCGGUGCUCGGGACAGAUGCUGGAGGCACGAAAGAGAUAAUCGAGCACAACAAGACUGGGCUGCUUCACCCAACAGGUCGUUCCGGGACAAAAGUUCUAGCUGAGAACCUCCGGCUUUUGCUUAGGAACCCGCAAGCUAGGGCGCAGAUGGGGAUGAAAGGAAGGAAAAAGGUGGAGAUGCUGUACUUGAAGCAUGACAUGUACAGAAAACUUGCAGAAGUCCUCUACAAGUGCAUGGGAAGAUAGGAAGGCAUAAUACAAAACUAGUCUUCCAACGCUUUGAGCAUGCCUUUCUUUUAUAGUUAUUUUUUGAUAAAUAUAUUUUAAAAAUACUCUAUAAUCAUGAUUAAUUGUAUUUAUAGUUUGUAUAGUAUUAUAUAUUAAUAACUUAUUAUUUAUCCACCUUAU